AUGUUAUUCUCCAUGAGAACUAUUUUGUCACUGCUGAAAGAUAGAGAAAGCGAUGAAUCCUUUGCCUUAAUGGUUGCGUGUUAUCACGGUGCCACUUGCGACGACUACGUGAAGAGACGUUAUUUAAAUGAGCGUCCAACCGAUGCCAAAAGUAUGUGCACUAUGCUUCAGGGGCGGCUAGGUAAGCGACCGGCACUAUUUCCCUCCGGUCAUCACACCGGAUCGAAGCGCCAAGCUGUAUCACCGCCUAUCAGUGAUGAGAAAGUACCCACAUUUUCUGGAAAAUGUCAUAUCUGCAGACGUAGCGGUCAUCGAGCUGUUAACUGUACAAAUUCAGCUACUGUUCCCCAGCGUGCUAAAAGCGGAGACUUCAAAGUUACCUGCUUGAAAUGCGGCAUGCCAGGCCAUACUUCACCGAACUGUCCAACUGUCAACCGAAAAACCGAAGAAAGGAAGGUGAACAUCUGUGAACAGGAAAUCUUGCCCAUGGGUCACUUGAAGCUUAGAUCUGGUGAGACCUUUCCUUUUUCAUUCGACACAGGUCCAGAUUGUUCUCUUUUGAAACAAAAUAUCGCCUGUAAAUUUGAUGGUGAACGUUUCAACACUUUGACCACUCUGAAGGGCAUUGGUGGUAGCUGUUCAGCUUGUAGCCACCUAACUUCAACUGUAGUUGAAAUUCAAGGCAUUUUUCUUGAAUUAUUAUUUUUUGUUGUACCAGUCAACUUUAUGUCAGCCUCUAUCAUAUUAGGGAAAGAUAUAAUGAAACAAAAUGUUGCAGUUCGCUUCAGUUCAGAUGGUUUAUCAUUUUCUAGAGAACUAAAAGUUCAAAUUUGCGAAAAAGAGUACGUGAAUUUCGAUAAAAUUGAUACCGAUAUAACAAAAAGUGAUAGACAAAACUUGAUCAAUCUAUUGGCUAAUUUCCGAGAACAUUUUGUAUAA